AUGCCAACGGGCGCCCACAACAAGGUCACGUCACUCUAUGCAAAGUUGUUUGAUGACAGCUGGAAGGGUGUAGCGUCAGUGGUCAAUUACUCAGACAAUAAUGUUUACAUCGAACCAACAAAACCUGGUCGCAAUAUAUACACAAGGGAACCGGACAUUGCCUUUUGGGGACCCGACAAGACAAGAAGUGUCACAAGGCGUGGGGCGAGUUCUUCAUAUCCUCUGGAAUUGGACAAUCCACCAAAGCGAUUUGCCAACCGAGAUCAAGUGGAAAGAGUCAACCCUGAUGUUGCCAUCCAGUUUAGCUGGAAUAAUGGAGAUUCCUACGAAGAAAGGCGAUUGAUGACAUGA